AUCAGAUCCUCUGCAUUCGAUGAGUUGUCCCUACGUAGCUGACUGGCGGCCGAUUCGAGUCAUCGCCAAGGGCCUCGACGACCAGGGCAGAGGCGGCGCGUCCUUCAGGCUGCACACAGAUGGAGCACAAGGCGUCCUCAUCGCCGGCGCCAACAGACAUCACACAUUCGCGGACGUGUGUGAGGUCAAAAUCGCGAGAAAAGAGGACGGCCGGGUGGCCUCCAUGACGAUGGAUCAGCGUGCCGAUGCGGUGCCUCGUGCACACUCGGGUGCUGCGUCUGGCAGUGUCGGAGGGAGUGUUUAUGUCCACGGAGGCCAGAACUUCUUCACCGAGGACGUAUACGACCAUCUCUACCGCUACACAUACGGUCAGUCAGCAGCAUGUGACGAAAUGUGUGUUGAUGCAUCCAUGGAUCUGUGUGGAUGCUUUCUCAUGUCAGGCAGCGGGAAGUUGGAGCUCGUUGAGGCGUCAGGUGACAUCCCCGAGGGCCGCAACUCCCACGCUGCAGCCGUCCUGAUGGAUCGCUAUGUGGUCAUCAUGGGCGGGGCCGACCAAUCGGGGCCUCGAAACGACGUAUUCGUGCUCGACACAGGUACGAAGCCAUAUGCGGUGUCCAUCGAAAAAGACUCCUUUUCAUUGUGCCGCGUUUUCUGGUUGUCAGUGAGUCUCCGGUGGACCCGCGUGAGCCCAACCGUGAGGCCCUCGCGGUCCGGACCGGCAGGCUCCUCGCAUCUCCCGGCUGCCCGAGAGAUGCACACACUGACGGCCCUGCCCACACACGCAUCGGCAGGGAGCACCGGCGGGGCCUUGCUGGUGGGCGGCCGCAUUGACGGCGGCAUUAGCGAUGAGGUGUGGCACCUGGGGAUCACUGUAGAGGGAGGGGAGGAGGGGGAGGGGGCGGCCAUCAGUGGCGAGUGGACGUAUGUGGAUAAGACGCCGUUCGCGAGGUGCGCUCACACUGCCAAUGUAAGCGAGCCUAACACCGGAACACGAGAACAGACACAUGACAUGGCGUGCCGUUUGUGGUUGACGUCGGUCAGAUGCUCGCCCCUCUGAGCCCGUCGUCCCCCCAUCUGUUAGUGGUGUUUGGAGGCAUGGACGCUGCACACGGCUUCACAAACGACCUGUGGAUCGCCGAGGCAAGCGUCAAGCCAACAGGAGCGGCCCUGCCCCCCGUCACCCUGACCUGGCACAACAUCCCUUCCCCAUCGCAGCAGCCGGGCAGUUCCUUCUCAUCAUCGCGGCUGGUGGGCCCCGCUGCGCCGCUGAAGGCUCCGUGCGCCCGUUUCGGGCAUGUGAGUGACGUGUUGUGUGGCGGGGAGGGCUUGGGUGUGCAGCAGGUGGUGGUGUAUGGGGGCGCUAGUGAGGAGAGGGAGCUGUGUGAUGCGUGGGGCCUCACCGUGGCCAAGAGGGUGGAAGAGGCAGAAGAGGGUGAUUGUGAUGCAUGCGAGCCAAAGAAAGAGAAAGAGGAGCAGGGAGGGGGAGGGAGCAGGGCGGGAGGGGGAGGAGAGGCCCAGUGAGUGACCUAAGUUGGAUAGAUAUCUACUGCCUCUGUUGGUUGUGCAUACAGCUGACGUGGGCGGAGUGCUGCCUUGAUGCACGAAUAAAGAUGUUGUGUGUUGGAUGUAUUCCGCAAACGAACGUACAUGUCAAUAUAUCGAUCGGUUCCUGCCUUCAAGUCCAUGAAAGACUGACUGACUGACUGACUGACUGUGAGUCGAAAUGCCCUGCCCGUCACUGAAAUGAAUCGUCU